AUGGUCAAGCUGCUAUGCCGAACCCGAACAAGAAUUCUUUUUCUGGUUCGAUGGGAGGCGCUGGUCCAAGACCCGGUCCGUCAGCAGGCCCUAUUCCCAAUCCAAAUGGAGGAGAAGGGCCUGGGCCCGGUCCAGGAUGAUGCGGCGCCCAGCCCUCCAGGUCCAGCGCCGAGUCCUACUGCAGCAGCUCCUAACACAUGUCCACAAAGUACGAAUGUAAUGUCGUUCGAUACCAGCAAGAUGGCUUCUAGUUUAAAUGAAGCAAUGAAUACGUUCCCGAAUUUGCUGCGGAAGGAUGGGUCAACGUUGGUAGCGAUGCUUGAUGGGGACACGGGCACACCACCAACAGCUGCCGAGAACAAGAAUAUGACGUUGCUGCCGAGCAACUGUAACACACUGGAAUGCUCUGGCUGCUGGCUGAACAUUGUUAAUCAAUUCGCACGACAAGGGGAUCAAGACUGGCGCGACGUUGCGGAUCUCCAUUCCACGCUGAACUCGAGUUGUGUUCUGCAACAAAAUAUCGAAACCUCGCCCCCGAAUCCAUCAUUGGUUUCGCAGAUUCAGAAGACGUUUUCGGCUACGUCAAGCCGAGGGAAGAGGCAAGCGGCGACAAAUUCGACGCUCCUCGGUACCGUCGCGAACGUCGAAUGUUACCAAAAAGGGAAUGUGCUUUCGGGUAGCGGCAAUUGGUGUGGUUUAUGCAGUCUGUGCUGGCGUUUUCGUCAGUUGCCAAGCAGCUACUUUCCCCGUUAUAUCAAUGAGAUCGGUUGUGUGGACUCGGACAAUACGUGCUUGUCAAGCUUCGGCACUUGUCGCUUGAUCACCCAGCCGGUAGCCGUUAUGGUCCAAUCAGAUUCCGGAUGGAAGCAAAUAACUGUACAGAGUAGCACUGGUUGUGAUUGCCAAAUAACGAGUUCGAGCACAUUAUCGCAAUUGGUUUCGACG